CGGCAGCCCUAGGGCUUGAGGGGCAGGAUAUUCAUGGCCAACAUGUUCUUUGCCAAGUCCCUGCUUCUCUCAUCCUUAGUGUUGGGAGUCCAGUUACAUCUGCACCAGCCUCAGCGGUUCCUGUUUGUGGAAGUUGGUAGGACAGCAGAGAUCCACUGCUCCUCCAGCAAGGAUUUGGAAGGGAGACAAUAUGUGCACUGGUAUGUGAGAAGGGCUGGCAAGGCUCCAAGGCACAUUAUGGUGUGUGGAGAUACUAAAAAUGUGAACAAAUAUGAUUGCAAGUACAAGAGUCACAGCACAACUCUGGAAAUCAGGAGCAUCCAAAGGAAGGAGUCUGGCAUAUAUUACUGUGCAUAUAAACAGCCCACCUACUUGACUUUUGGAAAUGGAACCACGGUGAUCGUAGGAGACAGCUUCACCAACAGCAGCUCCGUGCUGCUCCUGGGCCCCGUUGCAGGGGAGAACGGAGCCAGGGAGCUUGCACAUCUGGCCUGUGUGAUCCGGGGCGUCUCCAACCUUGUCCAGGUGUCCUGGCACGUUCCCGGAGAGGAGCCAGCCCAGGGGCUGCCACGCUUACUGGAAGCCAGUGAUGGGUCCUUAACACUCAUCCAUGGCAUCAGCAUCCCCUGGGCCAGCUGGACCAGCGGGGCGACUGUCACCUGUGAGGUCACAUUCAACUUAUCUUGCAGCAGCAUUACCAGACAUGCCGUGUACUCUGCACCUCCCUCCACAGCCUGUGUCAUGCUCCCUGUCGUGGCAGUGGGUAGUGCCAUGCUGCUGUUCACGGUGCCCCUGAGUCUCAUCUGGAUCUGCUGCCCUCCCAGAUGGGGAUCCUGGUCCAGGAAGCCAACACCUCGCGUCUCCCAGCAGAAUCAGGACGGACUCAUAUACGCAGACUUAGAGCUUAAGCCACCGACAUGCCGCAAGCCCAGAAAGCAGCAGGCAGCAAGAGGGAAGAAAAUGACACCAUGAACAGCCAUAUUUUGGGCUCCUUCAUGCGGGGAUGGUGUUCAGUUCUCCACUGAUUGGUGUGAGCCACGCCAGCUGUUAAGAAGGCUCCACGGGGGGAAACGCAGACUGGACAGGUCAGAAGACCCCAAAGAUGAGCAUGGCUCAGAGUGGGGGACAUCAUUUUCUAUCACUGUAGCAAUUAGGUGGAACAUUUCCCCCGCAUCAUGGGACAUUUGAAGACAAACCUCAAUUUCACUUUUUUUUCCCCUUUAAAUUCCCAGCUGUAAAUGUCCCCUAUGGAGGGACAUCACGUGGACUCUUGAGCUGUUCAGCAAUCAGGGAACAAGAGACAAUCCCCAGGGAGCUGGGCCUGUGUCCAGCCCACAAUUGGACAGGAACCUGUUCUGGAGUAUCUGUGCUGUGCUCCCACAUGAGCUGGGCGGAUGCUGUGCUGUGGGUUUCUCACAUGCCAGCUACCAGGCUCUGAGCGCACUCAUCCCACGGCCUUUUCCCUGCUAUCGUUAUCUGCACUAACAAGAUGCAUCUACUCUGUACUACUGUCCACCCCUGCCCUUGGCUGUGUGCACCAGCCUUGUCUCUGUAGCCUUCUGACAAAA